CGCAUAUGGGCCGUAAUGGGCCGGGUGGAGGCGGGCAGAGCUUACUACCUAAUUGUGAGCCCGCACGACCCAACACGCCGGCCCAUUUCGAAGCCUCACGUCUCCGACUCCAGAGCCGCCCGGCGGCGAGGCCGCGCCGCGUCGCAGAUUGCGCGAGCUCGCGAGAGGGGAGGGGAGGCGGCGGCGAUGUCGAGACAUUUCUGGAGGUGGUACGCGGACCGGCAGUUCCACAAGUGGGAGAAGACGGUGCUGUGGGACAUGGUGGAGCCCUACCGCCCGCCGCGCUCCUUCGCGCCGCUCGUCGGCACCUACGUCGCCGCCUUCUACACCGGCGUCGUCGGUGCCGCCGUCACCGAGCAGCUCUACAAGGAGAAGUACUGGGAGGAACACCCAGGUGAGGCCGUGCCUAUAAUGCCGCCCAAGUUCUACUGGGGGCCAUGGAGGGUGAUGAACGGAGAAGUUCCCCGCUUCAUCCAGUCGCCUGAAGAGGCCAAGACGGCAUAGGACCUUCGAGCUUGGUUGAGAUACUGUCAGAAGGUGCUUGUGUCGGGUCUGGAUAGAAACCCUUCAAAAUGAUCCAAAUCUUACUCUUCAUGUGGUCUUUUAUGUCUGCUCUCUAUAGAAAUAUACUUAAAGUCUUCAAGAUGAUCCAAAUCUAUGAGUCACGUCCCCUGUGGUCUUGAGGUGCUGCUUCGUGUAACAAUGAUUUCUAAAUGAAUAAUAUAUCGUAGGUGCUUGUGUAACUGUAUAAGCAAACGAUGUGAGGUUUCUGCG